GCCCCAGCUGGGUCAGGGCUGAGAGACUAGGUUUGGCCUCCGCCUGUAGUGGCCAUUACUCCUCGAGCCUCAGCCAGCACCAUGAGCGGCCGAGUCGGAGACCUGAGCCCCAAGCAGGCAGAGACCCUGACCAAGUUCCGAGAAAAUGUCCAGGACGUGCUGCCUGCCCUCCCCAAUCCUGAUGACUAUUUCCUUCUGCGCUGGCUCCGAGCUCGGAGCUUUGACCUGCAAAAAUCGGAGGCCAUGCUACGCAAGUACAUGGAGUUCCGGAAGACUAUGGAUAUUGACCACAUCCUUGAUUGGCAGCCUCCAGAGGUGAUCCAGAAGUACUUGCCUGGGGGCCUGUGUGGCUACGACCGGGAUGGCUGCCCUGUGUGGUAUGACAUCGUCGGGCCGCUUGACCCCAAGGGGCUGCUCUUCUCCGUCACCAAGCAGGACCUGCUCAAGACAAAGAUGCGGGACUGCGAGCGCAUCCUGCAUGAGUGUGACCUGCAGACUGAGCGGCUGGGGAAGAAGAUUGAGACCAUCGUGAUGAUAUUUGACUGUGAGGGCCUGGGCUUGAAGCACUUCUGGAAACCUCUGGUGGAAGUAUACCAGGAGUUCUUUGGCCUCCUUGAAGAGAAUUACCCAGAGACCCUGAAGUUCAUGUUCAUCGUGAAAGCCACCAAACUGUUCCCUGUGGGCUACAACCUCAUGAAGCCUUUCCUGAGUGAAGACACUCGCAGAAAAAUCAUAGUGACAGGAAACAACUGGAAGGAAAAUUUGCAGAAACACAUCAGUCCUGAGGAACUGCCUGCCCAGUUUGGGGGGACACUGACUGACCCUGAUGGGAACCCCAAAUGUUUAACUAAGAUCAACUACGGAGGGGAGAUCCCCAAGUCCAUGUACGUGCGGGACCAGGUGAAGACUCAGUACGAGCACUCAGUGCAGAUCAACCGUGGCUCCUCGCAUCAGGUGGAAUACGAGAUCUUGUUCCCAGGCUGUGUCCUCAGGUGGCAGUUCUUAUCAGACGGGGGGGACAUUGGCUUUGGGGUGUUCCUGAAGACCAAGAUGGGAGAGCGGCAGCGGGCAGGUGAGAUGACAGAGGUGCUGUCCAGCCAGCGCUACAACUCCCACCUGGUGCCAGAGGAUGGGAGCCUCACCUGCUCAGAAGCUGGAGUCUAUGUUCUGCGCUUCGACAACACCUAUAGCUUUGUCCAUGCCAAGAAGGUCAGCUUCACAGUGGAGGUGCUACUCCCGGACGAGGGCAUGCAGAAAUACGACGAGGAGCUCACCCCUAUCUAGGUGGCUCCCUUGCUUCUCUGAGACCCCUGCCCCUCUGCUAUCUCUGUAUAUAUCUUCCCCCCACCCCAGCAAUUGAUCAUUAGUCCUGCAGACUCUGUGACAUUAGAGUAGAGACUGUCUGCCUUGGGGAAGACCCAUCUGCUGCGGUCAGAUCAGGAAAUGUAUAAGAUGCACAGCCUUGGAGGUUGCCGAGGUUGCAGAAGAGGAAGAUGGAAGGGUGAAAGUGAGAGACAGAAUGUCACUGACCCCCAAGAAAUAGGAAAAUCUGUCCUCUUGCCUUUGUCCUCACCUCUCUUAAGGCAUUGGAAAUACCUUCCCUACAAGCUGUAAGCUUAUUGGUUUGGAGAUGUAUCUAAAUUCUUUUUACCUCCCCUCCCUGUAGAUGAUAUGCCCAAUGUAUACUUGUGGAGUUGAAUGGAGGAAGUAGGGAACCAGGAGUUAACGGGUGUGCAUGGCAACAAGGAGCCUGGAGCAGAUUUCAGCACCAUGGACAGGACACAGGCGGGUUGGGAAGGGACUGUCUCCUGGAGACCCAGACCAUCCAACCCCAGAUCUCUGGCAGUGGCUGCCCCUUGGGGGCCCCGGCCACAAAGGCCAUGUCCUUCUGAUAGGAGAUGCCUAUGUUAGACUCGGUCUGACUGGCGGCACACAGCUUCCCCUACUCAACCCUCAUCCCUUCCCUUGUUGCUCACAGCUUAUGUUUUAUGCAAUUAAAGGAACUUUCCUGGAAGCAAAGGAAGUCACUUCUGGCUUUCAGUAGCUGCCUGGCAAUAAUAAAAUAAAAAGUCACAGCUGUCAUUUGGUAAGUGC